AUGGAGAUGGGCGCGAAGAAGGGCAGGAGCAGCAGCGAUACUGCAACGGCAGUAGUGAGAAGCAGCACGCGGAGCAACAACAGCGGCAGCAGCGGCACAACGACACCGGCGGUGGAGAGGAAGGAGAUGGAGAGGAAGAGGCGGCAGCAAAUGAAGAGCCUCUGCGACAAGCUCGCCUCCCUCAUCCCCAAAGAAGAUUGCUCCAGGGACGCUAUGACUCAGCUGGGUAGCUUGGACGUAGCGGCGGCGUACAUCAAGAAGCUCAAGGAAAGGGUAGACGAGCUGCAGCAGAAGAGGAGCUCUGCGCAGCUCAUGGCCGCUGGCACCAGCGGAGGAGGAGGAGGUAGCGUCGCCUCAACAUCGAUGGCGACGGCGGCAGCGAGUGGCGGCGCGAGGUCGGAAGAAGACGCCGCCGAGGAGGCCGCGGAGGCACCGGUGGUGGAGGUUGUGCACCACCAUGACGGGUCGAGCCUGGACGUGGUGCUCAUCAGCAGCGUGGAGCGGCCGUUCAAGCUGCACGAGGUGGUCACAGUGAUGGAGGAAGAAGGCGCCGAGAUCAUCAACGCCAACCUCUCCGUCGCCAGCCGCAAAAUCUUUCACACCAUCCACUGCCGGGCCUUUAGCCCAAGAAUCGGCAUAGAGGUUUCAAGAGUUUCUGAAAGACUAAAAGCAAUGGUAUGAUAUGGUAUAGAUAUUGCAAAUUUACAAAACCAACAGAGCUCUAUUUAUUACCCAAGAUUUUUCCAUGUCUAUGGUCGUCCAACACGAUGUUCAAAUAAAUAUGUCUAGUUAUACCAUGCAAAUUUUUCAAAAGCUUGUUGUUUGUUUUAGCCCGAAGAAAAAAUACAAGCUUGAUUGCUAUAGUUUUUUUUC